CGGAGGACAGACAGGGUGCUGGAGGGAGUCACAGCAGCACCGGACCGGUAUGUAGUGUCUGGCACAUAACACUGUGCGCACUGCAGCUCUCAAGCCUCACAUUCACAGUCUCCUUUAUCAUAUUUGAAAUAAGGCAUGUUGCGCUGGUCAUUUGAUUGAGUGCUGUUUUGUGCUCGCGGAACCUGAGCUCCUCAUAUAAACUCGCAAUAAGAGAAACAGCUGAUCUACGGAUGCUCGUCUCGGGCAACAAUCACUGAAGCCAAACACUGAAGUGUUCAGAGGAAUGUAAUGGCAGAAGAGGUUGGAUGUGUUGGAUAAAUAUAAGAAAGAAUAAACUGUGUAUUACACAUAGUUAUUGCUCAAUGGGUCAAUUUAACUGUUCAUGAGAUGGAUAGCCUUGGGAAAAAACCUGUUCCUGUGCUUAAUGGUUCUGGUGCUCAGAGCUCUGAAGCGUCGAUCACAAGGCAACAGUUCAAAAAGCCUAUGCAGUGAGUAGCGUUUGGUCGAUGAAGGCCAUUCAUCAUUGUGAUGUAUAAUGGCUCCUGCGCUGAGUGCUGUGUUGGGGUCAGGGGCCGUGGGGUCAGAGGUCACAGGGGCGGCAGUGCUGGCUAAAGGGGAGCUGGCACUUAUAGGCACGCUCACAGGACUCUUGGCUCUCCUGGUGCUCUCCAUUCUGCUGCUGCUGCUGGGUGCAAGCUGCCAGGGGCAGAAAACAGGGAGCAGCAACCCAGGAGACCAUGAAAACCUGAUGAAUGGGGUGUCAGAAAAGGAAAGAUGUAGCCAGUCAGCAGAGAAUCAUGGUACUGACCUGGCCAUUAGUAGCUCCCAAAAUGGGCCUCUUACAAAUGCUUCAGUACUUACGGAAAUGAUGGACACUAGUCCCCAGCCUUCAGAGGACAUGCUGUCCAGCCAGUCAGAACUCAGAUCCUCCAAGUGUCACCAGGACCGCAAGUUACCCAGCAUUCCACCCACUGAUGUUCUCAAGGCCGCCAUGGCUGGUGCUCAAGCUGCCUCUGGAGACGGAACAUACGAGGUGGUGAAGGAUGGGGCCUCCCGCGAUGUCAGUGUUGAGGACUCACUGUAUGAGACGGUGAAGGAGCUGAAGGACAUUGGCCUCCCCAAUGGUACGCUGAGCCUUGAGGAACCACAUGCACCCCUUUUCAACGGUCAACCCAGUCCUGCUACGCCAGAUCGCACUGUCCUGCCCAAUGGCGUUGAGUACGCCUCUGUCAACCUCAGCAAGAAAAGCCGCUAUAGCUCCGACAUGGAGGCCAGAUGCUCGGCUGCCAUUGUGGAUCUGGAAGAGCCAGAGGAUGAAAAACCACCUCCAAUACCCAACAAAGUUCUGGAUGAGAAUGACAACCAACAGAUUAAUGAGCUUCCAAAUGGACAGUUACACUCCCCAUUGUCGACACCAGAGCUUCAGGAUCAUGCAUUGCCAGACAGUGAGUUUUCAGACAUGUACUCCAAGGUACAGAAGCCUGUUGUUAAGGAAAAAGAGCAUGACUACAGCAGCAUUGGAGAGAUCAAGGGAAUGGUGAUGGAGUCCACCUCUAGUGACCUUUAUGCCAAAGUCAGGGAUGAAUCUCCAUUGGCUCCUGGCUCUCAGCCUCAGGAGGAGCUUGUGGAGAAUUCAGACCCUGGGUACGAGACCAUCAGGAUCCCCAAAACAGCUGAAGAGGCUCGUCAGGGCAAUGGGAUAGCGGAACCUGACUAUGAGAGUGUGGCGGAACUGGGCCUCACCAGGGACAUCUCCCAUCUCUGACCACCCACACAAAUCAGAGACUUCAGAGACUGGGAACUCAAUUGUUUGAGGUUUAGAGGUGGACUUUGGGGUGAUAUAACUAGAAUAAUGCACUUAACCCUUCCUGAUUGAAUGUUUCUGAGUACAGCAUUUUGGCACCCCUUGUUUUGGAGCAUUACAUUACAGUUGAGUACUAGUUUUAUCUGGUGUUGGGGUUUUGGAAGUGUACUAAUGAACUAGGGAUGUGCAAAACCACAUAUUUUCAAAAUCGACUGGUGGUUGGGUUGGCUGAAUGGCUAGUCGGCUAAUACGUCUUAGGAAGCACUGUAUAAUUAGGCCUUUAUAUAAGACAUAUUCUAUCAUUGAAAAAAGUUUGAAGUGCACUCAAAUGGAACAGAACACAGGUGUCUCAUGACAUGUUUUUCAAAUUUAGACUAUUUCUAACUUGACACACCGUCUUUAAAGCUCAAUGCAUGUGGCUGGAUGCUUAAAAAACAGUGCGAGACACGAUGCGAUGGCCAAAGAUAUCCGUCUUAAUGAGUAUGGCUGUAGUGCCUGUGCUUUAAAGGAGAUUCAUUUAAAGACAACUUUUCUGAGAGGGUUUUAGCAUGCCAACUGUCCAAUAGCUAAAGCACACCACGCUAAUUUAAGCACAACUGCUAAACAUCUCUAAAAAAAAAUUACGAAAAACAUUUAGAUAAACUAAUCAACCUCACCCAAAUGACUAGUCGACCAUCAUGACCCAUCCCUGUAAUGAAUGAUAUUGCGCUGACCACAGUUGAUGUCAUCUUUUCAGUGUAAGACCUGCGACCCAGCACAGGUGAUUCAACACUGUUGAGUGGCUCAGUUUGAGGGUUUGCUUUGCUAUUUUGAGAAUAUUUGGGACCACAAACCUGAGGUGCCCCCUUUAUGUCAGCUGUGCUCUUACGAGAAAUUUUAUUCAUAACGUAGUAGUAGUUUCACUUGCUGUGAGCCCCACUUUGCCUCCAUGUUUUCACCCGAUACUAGUUGAGCAAAGAGCGUGUCUGAACUAAGUGGAAUUGUGUCUUUGUAUUAUCCCAAAAAGAGAACCACACAGGUACAUUCAACAGCAUUACACUUAUUUCAAUCAUUCAGACCUGCUGGAGCACUUAGUUCACAAGAGAUCAAGUGGUAAGCAGGUAACAUUCACAUUGCACAUAUCAAAAGAUUAAAGAGGAAUAUUUAAUUGUAGCCAUGAUUCUUACUGAUGCAAGAUGUAUUUUAAUCGUUUUUUCAAAUCAUAGACGUUUGAGGGAGGGACCUUUUAAGGUACGCAACAUUAGUCUAUAAUACUCGUUUAUGAGUGUUACUAAAAUUCUAUUCAUUUUUACUCGCCCAUGUCAUGUCAUCCCAGUUCUGUAUGCUGUUAUGUUUUUCAGUUUAACACAAAAAGGAGAAUUGUUUAAGAAUCUUCACAAAGUUAUUUUCCAUAUAAUGACAUAGCGACCAUGUCUGGUGAGCGCCAAAGAGAAGAAGAAGAAAAAAACACCAUAGAAGCAGUCCAAAUGUUGUAAAAUCUAGCAUGAUGUGCUAACAUUGAAUGUAAAUGUGGAUGACACUUCAAAGCUUUGGUGGACGGGCAGAUUAUCAGUGAAUAACAACCUAAGUUUUGGUCUUAAAUUUAACAGACCUGUUAUAAGACUUUAGUGGACUUGGAAUAAAAUGUACAAGUUGUAUGGACUACUUAUAUGGUGAUUUAAUAUGGUCUUUUUGUCCUUUUUGGAGCAUGACUGAUGUGGUCACUAGGAACUGUCCUUGCAUGGAAAAGAGCUGCGUAAAGAUUCUUUAAAAAUUCUCCUUUUGUGUUCCACUGAAAAACAGAAAGAAAAAGAAAACAGGUCUGAAUAGACAUGAGGGUGAGUAAAUUAAAAAAUAACAGAGUUUCCUUAUUUUUAGUUAAUUAUUCCUCUAUUGAAAGGUGGACAGGUUUUAUUGCUGAUGAAUUCAGAUCCUUUCAUUUGUUCACACAUUGUCCAUUAGUGAUGCUAUGGAGUUGUUACAUUGAUAUGUAUGUGCAAAAUAGCAUUUUAAGAGUUUUUUAUUAAUGCAGCUGUAUUGAUUGAGUAUCUAUACUGUAUAUUUAAGAUAUUGUUUGGUUAAUUACAUUUAAUAGGUACGUAACAUUUCAAAAGACUGAAAAGCACAGGGGAGAUUGACAUCAUGGUACUGCCACAAAGAGCUUUGCCUGGCAGCUUAGUCAAUGUACUUUAUUAUCAGGUAUGCAUUAGCUUCUUUUACACUCAUGUAGCAGUAUAAUAAAACCAAUAUAGCGUGUCCAGACACCGCAUCUGACAGUUUCAUGCCAAGAGACACUUGUACUGUAAAUAUUAACAUAACUAUUUUGAUCUUUUAAUUAUGUCACUGUUGUUGAAAUAUGGUUUUACAAAAUAUUGUAAUCUUUGGCAACAACAGCUCUCCUUUCAAACAACAGUAUGUGGAACGUUUUGUAGUUUGUUUGUAUUGAGUAACUAAUGAAACAUUUGGAGUCAGUGGAAUACAUGUUUCUAGAUGCAUUGUUAAUUAAAGUAAGUUUAAGUGGGGUAAAUUAACAUUUAAAAAGGUUAAGAAAUAUGCAUUGCAUUAAAAUAUGAGGUGGACUGUGGAUAAGAGUCCCAAUGUUGUCCAUGUGUUUGCUUGUAAUAAUGGUACAUUGUGAUGGUACAGAUUCCAUAUUGAGAAGGUCCUCGUUUCUCCCUCUUCCCAAAUUCGAUAUAUUUAGUUGUAAAUAAGAGUGAAUUUUGCAUUUGUUUAUUUCAUCAUCUUUUUAUUGUGGCAUUUGCUUAAUAAACAAUAUAGUCAUGCUGGACUAAUAAUAUAACGUGUAUGCAUGUUUUCAUCAACAUCAACCGUCCGCUGAACAAAUUACUGAUUAAGGUGUUAUUAUGUUUUAUGUUACAUGAUAAUCUCAGACAAUGAUAUUUAGAAAUGUACACUGCAUUUGUACACAAAACCACAUUAUAAUCUGUUCAUAUUUAAUCUGUCGCUAAACUAAAUUCUCAAGUGCAGGAAAACAACCUGCAAUAAGGCAGUUUUAUUAUCAUGUCAAUGCAUUGGCAUUAGGAGACUUAAAAUAAAGAAGUACAUUAAACUGUU